CUUUGACAGAGGCCGCGGGCCCAGCGCGCACAGAACUCCAUUGCCCGCCGGUCCCCGCGGCCCAAGCCAUUGCCUCUUCCUGUUUGGGUGACUAAUAGUCCGGCGGCCGCGAAUUGCCAGGGUUUGGAAAAGGGUCUACGCCUUCCCGUCCAGUUGGCCUGCUCAGAUGAAACUUAUUUCCCAAAUUCUAAUGAUUAAUUGGAAUUAAACAAUACCAGGGCGUCCCUAGUGCUUAGAAUCUGAGAAAAAUGGCAAAUAUGGAUAAUGAUUCUAGACAUCUUCUCAACUCUGAAGUAAAUCAUGAAAUAAAUCCUGGACCUAUGAAUAUCCAGUUUGAGUCAUCAGAUCUAAGAUCUAAAAGGCCUUUCUAUAUAGAGCCCACAAACAUCGUCAACGUGAAUGAUGUCAUUCAGAGGGUUAGUGACCAUGCCUCUGCUAUGAACAAGAGGAUUCAUUACUACAGCCGGCUCACCACUCCUGCAGACAAGGCCCUGAUUGCUCCAGACCAUGUAGUUCCAGCUCCUGAGGAAUGCUAUGUUUAUAGUCCAUUGGGUUCUGCAUAUAAACUUCAAAGCUGCACUGAAGGAUAUGGUAAAAACACCAGUUUAGUAACCAUUUUUAUGAUUUGGAAUACCAUGAUGGGAACAUCUAUACUAAGUAUUCCUUGGGGCAUAAAACAGGCUGGAUUUACCACUGGAAUGUGCGUCAUCAUACUGAUGGGCCUUUUAACACUUUAUUGCUGCUACAGAGUGGUGAAAUCACGAACCAUGAUAUCUUCAUUGGAUACCACUACCUGGGAAUAUCCAGAUGUCUGCAGAUAUUAUUUUGGUUCCUUUGGGCAGUGGUCAAGUCUCCUUUUCUCCUUGGUGUCUCUCAUUGGAGCAAUGAUAGUUUAUUGGGUGCUUAUGUCUAAUUUUCUUUUUAAUACUGGAAAAUUUAUUUUUAAUUUUAUUCAUCACAUUAAUGACACAGACACUACACUGAGAACCAAUAAUAGCAACCCUGUGAUUUGUCCAAAUGCUGGGAGUGGUGACCAUCCUGACAAUGGCUCUAUGAUUUUCCGUGCCAAUGACACAGAAGUCCAACAGUUUGAAAAGUGGUGGAAUAAGUCCAAGACCGUGCCGUUUUACCUCAUAGGGCUUCUCCUGCCACUGCUCAAUUUUAAAUCUCCUUCAUUUUUUUCAAAAUUUAAUAUCCUAGGCACAGUAUCUGUUCUCUAUUUGAUUUUUCUUGUUACCUUGAAAGCUAUUCGCUUGGGAUUUCAUUUGGAAUUUCACUGGUUUAUGCCAACAGAAUUUUUUGUACCAGAGAUAAGAUAUCAGUUCCCACAGCUGACUGGAGUGCUUACUCUUGCUUUCUUUAUUCAUAAUUGUAUUAUCACACUCUUGAAAAAUAACAAGAACCAGGAAAACAAUGUGAGGGACUUGUGCAUUGCUUACAUGCUGGUGACAUUAACUUAUCUCUAUAUUGGAGUCCUGGUUUUUGCUUCAUUUCCUUCACCACCAUUAUCCAAAGAUUGUAUUGAGCAGAAUUUUUUAGACAACUUCCCUAGCAGUGACACCCUGUCCUUCAUUGCAAGGAUAUUCCUGCUGUUCCAGAUGAUGACUGUGUACCCGCUCUUAGGCUACUUGGCUCGAGUCCAGCUAUUGGGCCAUAUCUUCGGUGACAUUUAUCCUAGCAUUUUCCACGUGCUGAUUCUUAAUCUAAUUAUUGUGGGAGCUGGAGUGAUCAUGGCCUGUUUCUACCCAAACAUAGGAGGGAUCAUAAGAUAUUCAGGAGCAGCUUGCGGUCUGGCCUUUGUAUUCAUAUAUCCAUCUCUCAUCUAUAUAAUUUCUCUCCACCAAGAAGAGCGUCUGACAUGGCCUAAAUUAAUUUUUCAUAUUUUCAUCAUCAUUUUGGGUCUGGCUAACCUAAUUGUGCAGUUUUUUAUGUGAAAACUGUUUUCUUAAGAUCUUUCAUGGUAUUUUGAGUCUUGACAAUAGUUCUACAUAAACUUACUUGUAAAUGCUGUUGCUGCUGUAAUUCUAAAUGUUUUUUCUAAAAUAAUUUGAAAGCAAAGGUCUAUUACUAAGUAUUUUUUUAUUAGAGUGGGAAAAGGAUCAAUAAGAAUUAAUAGUCUCUUUACCUUUAUCAUAUUCACUUACCUCUUCAUUCUCAUUUGUCUUUUUUAAGUAGAUAUAUAGGAAAAAAAUCAUAGAGUGUCCUGCUUAGAAAUAUAAGGUAGGUGGACUUAUUUUAGCUAUAAUAAGGAUUCUCAGGGUUUCACAGCAUUUGCUAGCAUAUUACUAGAUCCUGUUUCUGCUUUAUGUUUCCAUGUACUCAAUUUCAUUUUCGUUUUCUAGAGUAUGUCUAUAGGCUUAAACUUCUACCACUUGGGACUGUAAACCAAAUACCUCAUUUUUUUAAAAAAUGCUUCCGUGGCAUCAGUGUUAAUAGAAUGAAUUCUUAACUGAAUCUUUGAUCUCUGUUUGAAGGGCAAAAAUUUAAAACAGUGUUAGUAUGGGCUUCAUAAUCAGAAAAUUAUGCAAAAUGAAUUAGAAGAGUUUGUUGCUGUCUGACUCCUCCUUUAUUUCUAAUCCAGUUUCAGUUUUGUAGGCUGAAAUUAUAGUUGCCCAAACCAAGUUUUGCAUUGGAACAAGAAUGAUUGUCCCCAUAGACUCAGGGGCCCCUUCUGCUUUCUGGAUCCCUGAAUUGCAGAGGCUGUCAUGACAGGCUCAAUGGGGAAAGCAUGGGCAGAGAGAGGCAUAUGAGGCCCUGCAGGAGAGAAAAGGUAAUGGAGAAGAGGCCUGGGGAGGUAAGGCUCUGCCCAGCAUAUCUUGACUCCUCUGGGAGUGAGAGUUGUUUCUCUACCACAGAGAAGGAUUCAUUCUGUUUAAACAUGACUUCCAAAAGGAGACCCCCAUCUGCUUGCUUCUGCAAUUGGCCAGGCAGAGUUCAAUCCCCAUAAGAAAAACUUACAUCCAAAAAAAAGAUUAAGAAAUCUGGAUUCUUAGAAUUAAGAAUCUUUUUUCUCUGAUUUUAGGCUAAAGUUCAUAAAUGUGUUGAUAAAGAUUUCACAUUCCAGGAUAAUGUGUAAAUUUGUAUUAUUUCCUUCCGUGCAAAAUAUGGGUAAAAUCAUAUUGUAUGCCUAGUAAGGAGCUCCAUAUUUAAAACCAGCCUUAAUUUCUUUCAGCAAAGUUUUCCAUUCUAUUCAUUGACCCAUAUGUCUAUAUUAAUGAUAAUUUAUAAUUCCUGAAGCUUUUUUAAAAGUCUCAUUAUGAAAAUUCUCAAACACACACAAAAAUAGAAUAAUAUGGUACACACCUACACAUCCAUACCCAGAGUUUAGUAAUUGCAAGGCUUAGCUGCUUUUGUUUCACCUAUCCUUUUUGUUCUUUUCUACUGAAAUAUUUUUAUAGUCAAUCUCAGACAUUAUGUCAUUUCAUUUCUACAUACCCUAACAUAUGCAGCUAAUAGCCUUUUAAACUUAGUUACAUUUAUUAUGGAGAUAGUCUCAAAGUUUUUGGUAGCAGAAACUGCUGGUAAAAACUAGGUCAAUUGGAAAAUUCUGUAUUAGAUGUCUCAAUUCCUGUGUUAACCUCUCCAAGUAUAAGGAAUGAAGAAAUGAUUCUGUGCUUGAGAGCCUCUGGAUCUAUACGACUUAUUCAGUUAAGAGAUAUAAGAUGCAACUACACUAGAGAGAUCUUCUAGGCUCAAUCCCUAUUUAUUCCUAAUUACUUCCCUUCUCUUUAUGAACUUUAGAGAUAAAGUUUCCAUUGCCUCUUUUCGAAAAUGUACUUGAAUGCUUUAACACAUGCAAAAAUGAUUUGAUGUGUUUUGCCCAUUUAAUGGACAAAGGAAAUAUGACAAUGAAUGUGUUAUUUUGUCAGCUGUUAGAAUUUCUAAAAUCCUGUUAGAUAUAUGCUUAAUGGCAUAAGAGAUUAUCUCCUUUGGCCUGUUAUUGGCAUGGUUAAACACUUUGUAUUUGAAUGUAUGUGUCCUGACUCACACAUUAGCAUAACAAGAUAUGAACUCUUUAGGAUCACAUGACAAUUAAUUUGAGAUUUUCCUCUACUGUUUUAUCUUUUUGAAUUUUCUAAUUAAGUUUUUUUUUUUUUUUUACUUUUUGCUCUGAUGAGGUUAACUUUAGCUGCUUUGAAGGUAGCUUUUUUAAUAUACAACUGAAGGACACUAUAAAAUUUAAAAUGGUUUCUUUAGAGAGGUCUUCCUUAGAAAUGCUGUGGAAGAAUAUGUGGCAUAUGCCAAUACUAAAUUAGAAAGGACAAAGAAAAUGUAACUAAGUUUGAUACCUGUGGAGGAUCAUCUGAGAUCAAUUUCAUGAGCAAAUCCAAAAACUCAUGGGAGUACAAAAUAAAUUUAUCCAAAAAAGGAGACUAUAUUAUAUGGAAAUGCUUUAUAUACAUUAAGUAUAUUUUGUAAAUACUAUGUAAAGUCUAGUAGUACACUUUUUUGUUUCUCUUUGGAGUUCACUGGUAGAAUUUUUUGUGUUUUGAUAUACUCAUUUCCAUAAAUAUUGAAUAAACUACAAUGUUCUGUGCUUUGGAGGAGACAGAGGUGAAUAAGACAUCAUUCAUGUUCUAAAGGAACUUUCAGUCUAGUAAAGGACCUGUGUUCACAACAAUGAAUGUUGCAAGACAGUUCAUGCUGAGCACCUUUGGUGGGCAUCCUAGGGUGGGCUGGUAAAGCAAGCUGAAUUAUGAAGCAACAGGGCCCAUUGUCAGGCUCCUCCUAAUAACUGCCAAAAAUUUAAUUUUUUUAAUAUUAUUUUUUAGGUGUAGAUAGACACACACACCACUUUAUUUUUAUGUGGUGCUGAGGAUCAAACCCGGGUCCCACCCAUGCUUAGGCGAGUGCUCUACCGCUGAGCCACAAUCCCAGCCCCCAAAAUUUUAAAUAUUUGAUGUUUGCCAGCAAAUGGAAUCAUAUGUUAAGUAUAUUUGCUUUCACUUGGGUAAAUUUCCUCUAAGUCAAGUUUUACAAGAUGUGUUUAACUGCUUCUUAAUGCUGUUACUCUUUGCGUUCUUAGCACAAUCUGUUAUUCACUUCUGUGAGUCAUGCACAGCAAAGCCAAUUGAUUUAUAGGGGAAAUAAUUAGAAACAUAUUGGGUGGUACAAACAAAAACAUUCUAUAUAAUUUUCUGUCAGGCUGGGCAUGUAACUCAGUGGUAGAGCAGUUAUGUACCACGUGUGAGGCCCUGGGUUCGAUUCCCAACACACACACACUUUUCUCCAGAAAUUUCACAUGUUUAAAUGUCAAUAUUCAUAAUCUCAAAUGUUUGAGCCAUUGAUAACAGCAGGAAAUAUUGAUGCUAUAUAUUUUCUUUACAAAUCACUGACCUGUUGCUUUUUAGAAUCUGGUAGUUGUUUUGUUUUUGGUUUCGUUUUGUGCUUUGGGGAAUAGAUCAAACCCAGGGCCUUGCACAUGCUAGCCAACAGUCUACCACUGAGCCAUGUCCCCAGACUUUGUUUUUUUCUCAGAUUCAUCCCAAUUGGAAUGUCCAAAACCAAAUUCAAAUAUAGUUGAUACUUAAACAGUAGAAUGUGACAUUAGUUUGUAAUCCAAAAUAAAAUUAAUCCUCUUAAUGCACACAAACUGACCUGACUGGUCCCAGUUUUAUACUUAACUGCCAUUUCACUUCAGAUUAUGUAAACACAUAUUGCAAAACAGCGCUGAUGGGAACCUCCUAACCUAAAUAGUAUUCUCUGAAAUGUAAUUCGUUUUUUCAUAGGAAAGUAGAAAUUAAAUCAGUUUAUUUGAAAGAAAAAUAUUUCUGGGAUUUUGUUUACUUAAUUUUUGCUGGGAAAUGCUAUUGUCUCCUUGCUUUGGCCCCAGGACAGGAAAACCUUAGGUUCCAUCUUUUGCAGGGUCAGACUUCUAAAUGACUAUGACACUGCAGAUAUGCUUGGUCCUGUUUCUAGCAAAAUGUUGGUGUCAUCAUUUUCCAGAGUCCCUUAAGUCAAAAAAGGCCUCUAAAUUUCUGACUUCCCUAAGUAAAAUUACUUUUUUUCCCCAACAUAAUUUUUAUUGAUUUCCAAGUUCUUCUGAAAAGGUAAAAUAAGGCUAUGUCUUUUUAAAAGAUUGGAAACUUUUCCAUUCUCUUUAUUGACCUCAGACCAUAUAGUACAGGUCUGGGACAGGGAUGAAAAGGCAUUCACUCUCCAGAUUUUUCUUCCUUUGGUUCUCUGUCAAUACCAAGUAAUCUAGGCACUCAGUUUACACUUGUUUAAUUAACUAUACAGGAUUCUUCUUUAGUAGAAAAUGAUGUUAAUUGCUAUCAUCUAGGAUUUUAUUCCAUACAUCUUCCCCUCCAAAAAUAUUGGGUCAGUCACAUUCAAAGUUAGUCACUCAGUUAAUAUUUGAAUACUAACUGCAUGCCAGAUCUUGUACUAAACACUGAGCUUACAGUGAGGAACAAGCCAGACGUGACCCUCACAGUUUGUCAUCCUUUGCAACUGGGUCGACUGUCUUCCUUAGGUAUCACUUCCCACCUCCCUGUCUGUUGAGUGCCGUGAUUGAGCCACAUCAUACACAUUUUUAAAAGAUGUAUAUAGGAUAGUGCUGCUCACUUGGUAAAGUGAGCCAUGUUUACCAGCAUAGUAUUUUUUCAAAUCCAAGGUUAAUUAUAAUCACAUUAAAAUUAGGUGGACAAAAACUGGAAGGUGCCACAGAUGAAUAGGUGACUUUUGAGGUGAUGGAUUCUAGGUGAAUCAUUUUUGUUCUUGCUUUGACAUUUGCCUAGCAAAUUUUUCUAAAAAGAUUUCUGGGAUAAAUCAUGGCACAGAAAUCUUGUGGAAGUAUAUCAGCACUCAACCAUGAGGUAGAAAACCUUCAAAUGGAUUACAGACAGCUUUGAUUACAGGGGCAGAUUCAGGUUUUAUGGGGCCCAAAGUUUAUAUAAUUUGGAGUUACCUCUUUAAAGAAAAACGUAUAAAAUUAGGAGCCUCAAAUUAGGAAGGAGCCCAUAGACGUGAGGAACUCUAGCUUUAGCUUUUUUAGCAUUAAAAUAAAUCACACACAAACCAUUCUAGGGAGAAGGGAAAUGUUUGAAAGCUGAAGAAGGAGAAAUCCGGAAAUGUUUCAGACUCCCUAUUCAAUGUGUCAAACUUUACAUUUCUCUGCCACCUUUAAGAACUGUAUCUUUGCCGACUACAUUGGUGCAUGCCUGUAAUCCCAGUGACUCUGGAGGCUGAGGUAGGAGGAUCGAAAGUUCAAAGCCAGCCUCAGUAACUUAGUGAGAACCCUAAGCAACUUAGUGAGACCCUGUCAUAAAAUUAAAAAAAAAAAAAAUUGGCUAGAGAUGUGGCUCAGAGUUAAGUGCCCCUGGGUUCGAUCCCUGGUACCAGGGACAUUUUUUUUUUUUUCCCAGAUUGGAGAGUUUUUACCUGGCAAUGGGUUUUGCAAGCUAUUAAUAUUUUGUUGUUGCUGUUGUUGUUGUUUUAAUUAAUCUCUACAGAGAUAACAAAAAUUCAAAGAAUGCUGUUUAAUUUUCAAAUAGUAGUCUUUGUCUACCUUAGGGAUGAGUAAUGUUUUAAGGGCCAUUGAUAAAGAAAACAAGUUACCUACAGCAGAAUUAAAGUAAGGCAACAUUUAUUGAUUUAUAUUCCACCUUGUUCCUGAAAGAAAAUAUUUUUAUUCUCUUAAAGAAAAUCAACUUUAAAGGACUAACUUGAAGACUUUUUAGAAAGCAUUAGAAAUUUAUGAUAUUCCUUGAAGAGAGAAAACGAAAAUUUGAUUCAAAUAAAUAAUUACUCCUCAAUGCCAUAUCAUUUAUAAUCCUGUACUGUAGAUAAAAGCCAAUAUUUAAUGCACAAAACUUUCACUAAUUAUCCUAGAUUUGGAAGUGCAAAGAUAAAAUCAGAAUAAGUACCAGAUUUCUCUUUAUUUAAUUGAAACUAUAGCCCUUCCCUGUAAAAUCUUUUUAAUGCCUCAGUAGAAAAACAGGCAAGGGCCUUUGUAACAGAAAACUGCAAAUGAACAUGAGGAGAAAAAAGUUUAGCAACAAAUGACUUCUAGACAGAUUUAUUUGCAACACACAAUCGCAGAAACGUUAUGCCAACUGAAAGAAGCCAACUGCAAAAUAACUACACUUUGUAUGUUUCCAUUGAUAUGAAAUCUCUAUAAAGGGCAAAUUAUAGGGAAAAAAAAAA